AGGUACCUACUUAUAUCUACUGUUAUCAACUAGGUUCCUGUCUAUUAUCGACGCCAGAUAGGAUGGAAUCUUACGUACACUCAGCCUUUGGAGUAAAGAAGCGACCCUCGUUCUCUUCCAGCGUCAUCUGCGGCUGUUAGAAUCUACAUCCCUUUUGAGUGACGCCUUUAAAAGACCUGCCCGGCCAAGAGAUUCCCCUUCCGUCCCCUUGCUCUAGAAAAAUGCAUAUAGAAGUACCACAUACCUUCGGCAAUACUGUACGGAAACGUCGCUACCGUCACCCUCUACCGCUUGUUUCGAAACCAGAUAAGAUACGUAAGAUACCUUCACGGCGCUUUAUGAUGCACCCACCCGGCUGCUGUACAGAUGAGAGGCUGUCAGUGUUUAACCAGUGUUCACCUCGUGGUUAUAUAUGUGUCGUGCUUUGCUUUCCCUGUGAUGACCAUCGACGAGAAGAUGCAGUCCAACAUAUUCGACAGUCACUGGUGCAGCUUGCAGCCGAUAAUCCGCUAUUUGCUGCCAGACUAUACACUGCUGAUGGCAUAGUUCUCAUGCGACGGUCAUGUCUCUAUGAUAUCCCAUUUGAGAUUAUACCUAGUAAGGAGGGAGAGGAGAUUGACUAUGAGCAAUUGAGACGCGAAGGGUUCCCUCCAGAGAAUUUCAUCAAGCCCCGUUACGGCAUCCCAGGCCUUGCCGGUUCUAAUUGCGGCCCUAUACCGGUGUCUAAAGUCGACGUUACCUUUGCCCGUGGCGGAUUGCUGCUUUCAAUAUUCCUUCAACACGCAGUCACUGACGGAAGUUCAUUAAGAGUAUUCCUAGAGGCCAUCGGGAAUAAGACACGGAACCUCUCCACUUACACGCCCUCUGAACAGAAAUUUCGGGUUGCGAGCCCUAUAUUGCAUACUGUAGCGAGCCGGAGGCUUUCGGAAAUGGUCAGAUUCAAGGAGCACAUUGCCAGAUGUCCCGAGUAUGCAAUUCUUUCAGAUCACAGCGGCCCAACACAGCCUCGCUUGCAGAACCCCGACCGGCCCAUUCAAGAUCCGAAGAGAAUAGGCAAAAUCUUCGUGUUUACGGACGAACGACUCGGCGAACUUCGAGACCUCGUUCAAGCUAUGAACAAAUCAAACAACCGGCCGACAGCAUAUAUGAGCCUCGCGACUCUCGCCUUUGCCCACAUCACCAAGGCCCGCGUCGAAAACGAAGCAUUCCCGAUAGGACUCCCGCCAGGCCCAUUGGCGAAGCUAUGGAACUCGGUAAAUUGGCGACCCAGAGCCUUCCUUGGCGCUACGGACAACUACUUCGGUAACGCCGUCUUACCGGCGGUAACCAGUGUCUCGCGAGAUCGAGUCCACGCAGCGUGCGACGACGAUAUGGAUCUCGCCUGCCUAGUGCCCAUUGUUAAGGGAUCGAUCGACGUGGUGGACGAGGAGUACGUAACUCAGCGAAUGUCCAUGAUGUCGCUAGCGCCCGACCCACGUCUAGUGGGUGUUAAUUACGACCCUCGUUCACCAGAGAUGCUUGCCUUCAACACUUGGCGCCAUUUCGGCGCUGAUGUUGAAUGGCAUAUUCCCGGCGUGCCCGUCACCAAGCCAGACACAAUCAGGAGAGCGACAGGUGGUUGGGGGCUUGGUACGGCACUUAUUCUACCAGCUAAGAAAGAAUCACGGAAGCAGGAGUUGUUUGUGAGCUUGUCCGUAAACGCCAUGCAAGCGCUUUGUGAGGAUGAGAGGUGGAUGCGAUGGGUUGACAGGACCAUUGGUUGAUGAAUUUGUAUGCAUGAUUACUAAGGAACGGCGCACUGGAAUUGGAAUACCCCGGAAUCGAAACAUGUACUAUUUUCUCAUGAGCAACAUCUCUCUAACUAUUUCUAUAAUGCUAUACGCGCGAGAUACACGACUUCAAACCGCUAGUAACGAUUUCAUGCUCUUUUAACUUCUGCCAUUCAACAGUGACUAAACUUUGUCCAUUAUGUUCCUUGGGAUGCCCCAUCGCGUACGAUAUUGGUUAGUCGCGGGCGCUGCGCUUGAAAAUUGCUUGGCUGGCGCCACUUUUUUGGCUUGUGAAAUCCACCGUAAUAUCACCAUCGUGUACUAUGUACUAUGUAGGUAAUACACGAGCAGACAGAAAAUUAGAGGAAGACGAAAU